ACAGACUGCAAACAUGGCGAGCGCCUCAUACCAUAUCUCUAAUCUUCUGGAAAAAAUGACAUCUAGCGAUAAGGAUUUCAGGUUCAUGGCCACUAAUGACUUGAUGUCGGAGCUGCAGAAGGACUCGAUCAAGCUGGACGACGACAGCGAACGCAAGGUGGUCAAGAUGAUCCUUAAGCUGCUGGAGGACAAGAAUGGAGAAGUGCAGAACCUGGCCGUCAAAUGCCUGGGACCCCUGGUCAGUAAGGUGAAGGAGUACCAGGUGGAGACCAUCGUGGACACGCUGUGCACCAACAUGCUGUCAGACAAGGAGCAGCUCCGAGACAUCUCCAGCAUCGGCCUGAAGACCGUCAUCGGGGAACUGCCCCCCGCCUCCAGUGGCUCAGCGCUGGCGGCAAGUGUGUGUAAAAAGAUCACAGGGCGUCUCACAAGUGCCAUCGCCAAACAGGAGGACGUGUCUGUGCAGCUUGAGGCACUGGACAUCAUGGCAGACAUGCUGAGCAGGCAGGGUGGUCUGUUAGUGAACUUCCACCCGUCCAUCCUGAGCUGCUUGCUGCCCCAGCUGACGAGCCCGCGGCUGGCCGUGCGCAAGCGCACCAUCAUCGCCCUGGGCCACCUGGUGAUGAGCUGUGGCAACCUGGUGUUCGUGGACCUGAUCGAGCACCUGCUCUCCGAGCUCUCGCGCAACGACUCCAUGUCCACCACGCGCACCUACAUCCAGUGCAUCGCCGCCAUCAGCCGCCAGGCCGGACACCGGAUCGGUGAGUACCUGGAGAAGAUCAUCCCUCUGGUGGUGAAGUUCUGUAACGUGGACGAUGACGAGCUGAGGGAGUACUGCAUCCAGGCCUUCGAGUCCUUCGUCAGGAGGUACGUCCAUCAUCCUCCUCCUCUCCUCUCCUCCUCCACGCUGCCAGCACACUGCCCCUGCUGGCCAAAUGUCUUCAUUACAGGGACAGAACCUGAUGCUCUACCACAACCCCCUACCUAUCACCAAUGCCAUAUGCUACCAUCUGAUCACCAACCCGGGGACAGUG